AACAAAAAUAAAACCGAUGACUUUUAACAUGGAAAAAUGUGUGGUCAGCUUUUAUGUCGUAGCAGAUCGACUGCGAAUUCACAGUCGUUACAUUUUUGCAGCCAGUGAAAUAUUAUUGAUCCUUCCUAAAUAACGCAUUUUAAAUAUUCGGAAGCUAUUGGAAGUGCCGCUCACUGGUUGAGUGCUGAAAUUGUCAUUUUGCCUAAGGACAAUCUACACUUCGGCCUGCUCACAUUGACAAACAGACAACUGCCCUGCACUGACGCCAUGGAUCGUCCUCCCAGCACUAGUCAGCUGUUGGCCAGCAACGUCACAAAUAAGACCGACCCACGGUCACUGAACUCAAGGGUCUUCAUCGGGAACCUGAACACUGUACUGGUUACCAAGGCAGAUGUUGAAGCCAUUUUUAGCAAAUACGGCAAGACUGUUGGCUGCUCUUUGCACAAGGGCUAUGCCUUCGUCCAGUACGCCAACGAGAGGAACGCACGGGCAGCUGUAGGAGGAGAGGACGGCCGGAUGAUUGUUGGACAGGUGCUCGAUAUUAAUUUGGCAGGAGAGCCCAAACCUCACAGGUCAAAAACAACAAAGCGAUCAGCUGGAGAUAUGUACAGCUGUAGUUCUACUUUCGAACUUGAUUAUGAUUUCCAGAGAGAUUAUUAUGACAGAAUGUAUUCAUACCCUUCCCGUGUGCCCCCUCCACCACCACCACCUCUAUUACGGGCUGUGAUCCCUUCCAAACAUCCACGGGUCAGUGUGAGUGGGGGAACCAGCCGCCGCACCAAGUCCAGCUUUUCCACUUCAUCCAAGAGCAGCCAACGGACAUCUUCUCAAACCCUGAAAGCAGAUGACCUCCAAACUAUUAAGAGAGAGCUUGCUCAAAUCAAACACAAAGUUGACUAUCUUCUGGAGAGUCUGGACAGGAUGGAGAAAGACCACAACAGGAAAUCUGGUUGA